AUGGAGAGGGGACCGUGCCAAAGGGGGGUCAGCGGCGGCGCUCCACCUUCCCGUCCUCCGCUAGGCGCCGGGGGGCGGCGAGGGUCGGGCUGGCAUGGGGCGCCCGGGCGUGGAGGAGCCGCCGCCGCCGCCGCCUUCUGCAAGCGCCCCUCCGCCCCGCAGCGCUGGCGCUCUCCUUGGCCGGCGCAUGGCGCAGAAGUGCCGGGGCGCGCUUCUUUCGCUUUCGCUUUUACGCACAGCCGGGAAGGAAGCGGGCUGGCGGCCAAGGGAGGCCGGCCGGCCGCGUCAACCCUACGGGAGCCCGGGCUCCGGAGCGAAGGGGAAACCGGUGCCGCCCUGGACUCGCGCUCCGGACCCCGCCCGAGCCCUCAAGCUGCAUCCACACGUGCCUGGAUAAGGCGCGUUGGGGCACGCUGGCGCGCAAAAUUGGCUACCUCGUUGGCUCAGGAAAGGUCGAUCGCGGACGACACGAUGAGCCAAUUCAGGCUGCAGCAUGAGAAAGAUUAUUCGCCCCGUCCUGACUUGAUCCGUUACUUCAUGCCUAUGACCGAUGCCGAAUUUCAAGAACGCCUGGAUCGACAUAAGGGAGAGAUUGCCAUCAUGAUGCGAUCGUCGGAGUUCAAUCAGGACAAGACCACCUUGAUUGUGACUAACAACCCCCUUUCUCUCCUCAUCUCCGGUCGGCAACUCACAAGUCCUUUCCAUUUUUUCACCCAAGAGCUUUUAGGGACGACGACGGGGAGUCCGAAGCCGUACAGUUUACCCCCCCUGAAAGAGACACAGCAGCAGCUGGUCAGUGCAGACCUGAGAAGGCCCGGGAAACCUUUGCCGUACAGGUUCGCCACCGCCAAAGAUUUCAAGAGCGAAGGCAAGUUUUCGAAAGUGUACGCCGAGCGGCGGUUACUGCGGAUGUAUCCCCAGUUGCAGACUUGUUGGUUGCCUAGACUAGAGUCGAAGAGAAGAGAACCCCUCCCCGGCAUUGAAGGCUGGGCCCCUAGAAAGACCGAACCGUGGGAGCCACUGACCCUGACUUGCCUGGCAGCAACGAAGCCCACCCUUCGCGCCCCGGGCCACGACGGCUUCAGGUACGGCAAGGCCCCGUUGUGGGUCGUCAAAAGAUCCGUCGCCAAAUAA